ACCAGCCAUCUGCCUGUACGCUUGUCUUCUCUUACUCUUAUUAUUAUCUUUUCUCUCUCUAUCUUUAAUUUUUUAUUCAGUCAAAGUGUGCGAUUGGUCGUUCAUCAUCGUGGUUGACAGCUAACUCUACUGAUAAAUCAUUGCUUUCACACUGGAUUUUCUUUCUUUGUUCACGGGCUCAAGCUUUCUCUGCUUUGUUUUUGUCGGGCGUUUGGAGUUUGGUUUCUAUACUUCUCUAAUCUUUGGCAUCUGGGGGCUGGUCAGAAGAGUGAAGAGCACUGAGCUUUGAGCUUUGAGCUUUGAGCUUUUUGUUAAUGGGUUCGUGCUUUAGUGUAAGAAUUAAAGCUGAGAGUCCUCUUCACCAUGGGGCAGAUCCAAAAUAUGGUGGCAAAGGUGCAUAUGAUGCGAGUGGAUCUAGCAGAGUAUUGACUGUCACAGUGCCUUCAACUCCUCGGACAGAGGGUGAGAUCUUGCAGUCUUCCAAUUUGAAGAGCUUUAGCUAUAGUGAACUAAAGGCAGCAACCAGGAACUUCCGUCCGGAUAGUGUGCUGGGUGAAGGAGGAUUUGGUUGUGUUUACAAAGGAUGGAUUGAUGAGCACUCUCUAACACCUGGCAAGCCUGGAACAGGCAUGAUCGUUGCUGUGAAGAGGCUUAACCAAGAGAGUUUCCAGGGUCACCAGGAAUGGCUGACCGAAAUCAACUUUCUCGGGCAGCUUUAUCAUCCGAAUCUUGUGAAAUUGAUUGGAUACUGUUUAGAAGAUGACCAUCGGCUUCUGGUUUAUGAAUUUAUGCCAAAGGGCAGCUUGGAGAAUCACCUUUUUAGAAGGGCUUCUUAUGUUGAACCACUCUCUUGGAUCCUCCGAAUUAAGAUUGCCCUUGAUGCUGCUAAGGGUCUAUCAUUUCUUCAUAGUGAUAAGGCCAAAGUGAUAUAUCGAGACCUUAAGGCCUCUAAUAUCCUGCUUGAUUCAAACUAUAAUGCCAAACUCUCUGAUUUUGGGUUGGCCAAGGAUGGGCCAACUGGUAGUAAAAGCCAUGUUUCGACCCGAGUAAUGGGUACCUAUGGGUAUGCAGCACCAGAGUAUAUGGCCACAGGUCAUCUAACUAAGAAGAGUGACAUAUACAGUUUCGGGGUUGUUCUUCUUGAAAUUUUAUCUGGCAGGCGAGCCAUAGACAAAAGCAAGCCUACCAGAGAACAAAAUUUAGUUGACUGGGCAAGGCAUUAUCUUGGCAGCAAACGCAAAGUUUUCCAAGUUAUGGAUGCACGACUUGAAGGCCAGUAUUCAUUAAAAGAUGCACUAAAAGCAGCUAAUCUUGCAGUCCAGUGCCUAUCAACAGAGCCAAGGUUUAGGCCUAAUGUGGAAGAAGUGGUAAAAGAAUUGGAACAAUUGCUUGAGUCCAAUGACAAUAAGGGAUCCAGGGGCUCUCAAAGUGAAAACCCCCGAAAAUUUAAUCGAAAUUCAAGCAAUGGUCCUAAAUAUCGAAGGAGAAAUGCCAAGGAAAUUUCUGAUGGAAAAGCUGCCAGUUAUCCAAGGCCAUCUGCUUCUCCUCUUCAUACAUAAGAGAGUAAAUUUUGUGCUCCUUUACUACUCAUCUAUCUGAAGAAUUACACAUUGCAUCGUACGAGUACACGCAGUAUGUAACAUAACAAUCUGUUGUAUAGUUCUUCAAUUCCGUAACAUCUAAAUUUGACAUUUCUUUGAUGUAUUUUCAUUUUGGCAUUUGGUGGUGAUAAACAUGGAACUUCUGUAAUUGUCAACAAACUUGUUAGCAGCACAAUUUGAGGGAUGAGGUGCCUCUGCACGCUGAUAAUUAAUAUCAUAAAUGUAUAUGACAGAAUUAUCAGGGUUCUUAAUC